UGCUUCUAGACGCACAUAGAAGGCCUGCUAGUCUCAUCGCCUGAUCAGCGCAGAGAGAUUUUCUCCAUUUGGAAGGAUGCAUGCACCCAACUCGCGGCUCUGAAAGCUUUUUUCGGUUCGUCAGAGCACUGCUGACCUUCUUGCCCGUAGGGCGUUUUCUGACUUUCUGACGCCAUGGCGCUCCGCUAUCAUCUCACCUUCAUCGAUGAGGAACCAGUGUUGAAGAACGACAAACGUUCCCGUAGCUGUCCAGCUACAGAGCGUCAGUCCAGCAAGUACCAGGACUGGCAAUGCUACAUGCAGGUGGCCAAGUUGCGGAAGAACGCAGAUGUCCUCAAGUUGAAGCAGAGCGACACGCCCAGCAACUCCGCCUCGUUCGAUCAAGGCUUCGGAAGUAAAGGAAGUUUGGGACACCCGCAUCUUUGCCGCCGGCCUUGCAUCAAGUUUGCUCGUGGAUCAUGCGAUCAGGGCGCCCAGUGCGGCUUUUGCCACAGUUCGCAUCCGCAUCGGCCCGCGACCUUCGACAAGCAUGGCCGGGACACGUUGACCUCCUGGCCCAAGACGAGGAUCCUGGCGGCGGUGCUUCCACCUAUGAAGGCUCAAGCUGAGGAGAUGGAGCUUCGCGGAGCACAGGAGAUCCUGCGGCUCAUUGAAUGUGAGCUCACCAUCCGCAGUGCCGAAGGUGCUGCAAAGGAGCCCACCGCGGCGGGGAGCCCAGUGGCGCCCCCUCCGCGGAAGAUUCGCCAACGUCUCGAGCUCAUGUCCUUCAUCAGCCUUGUCGGUCUAGUGCGCUCCUACGUUGGGGGCCGCCUGGCCGCGCUUUUGCUCCAAUCAUUGGCGGAAACGCGUGAGGAAGUCAAGAGCUACCAGUAGGCAGGCGGAAGUUGCAGGUGGAACUCCUUGAGAUGGACGUGUCCAAGAUUUGAGUUUUCAUAACGAGGUGUGUGGUGGCUCGUUGGUACUGGAGACAUGCUUGCCAUCUUGUUUGUGGACACGUGGUCCUCUCAUUUCAAUUAAUCGAUGCCAACAUCUCAAAUGCCAUGAGAGGCAACACGCGGAACGUGCAGGUGAUUUUAAUUAACAGGUGAACUUGCUAAACUUCUCAAGCAAUACUCCUUGGAUUGGUACUAGGUGUGGUCCUCGGCACACCCAGUGCGCCAGUCUCUAGGUUCGCAUGCCACCUUUUGA